GGCGCCCCCUUCCUCCCUCCCUCCCAAUCUUCUUCCAUCUCCCCCAAAUCCCGCCGCCGCCGCCGCCGCCGACGCCAAGCGCUUCCCUGACGAUGGCGACCCCGGCGCGGCGCGGGCGCGGCCGGCCGCCGAAGAACCCCGUUGCCGCGGCGGCGGCGGCGGCGGGGGCCGUUGCGGAGACGCCGGCGGUGGCGGAGGCGGGAGUGGGGGAGUACGAGCGGGAGCGGGAGGCGAGGAUCCGGGAGAACAUGGAGCGGAUGCAGAAGCUGGGGAUCAUCGACCUCGCGCAGACCCUCAACCAGUGCGCCGGCUCGCUGGCCCCGGCGCGGCGCGGGCGCGUCCGGCACAAGCCCGCGUUGCCGGCGCCCUCGAGGAGGUCGCUCAGGUUGAAGUGCCUGGAACCGGUUAGCUAUUGUGAGCUUCGUCCGAAAGAAAUAUACACUGAAGAGCAUGAGAAGCUUCUGGGAACAUGCAACACUCAUUGGACUCUCUUUGUCGAUGGCUGUGACAAAGACGGCAAGCGCAUCUAUGAUCUAGUGAGGGGCCAAGAUUGUCAUCAGUGCCGAAGGAAAACUCUUGGUCAUCAUACAAGCUGCUGUAAAUGCCAGAUUGUCCAAGGGCAGUUCUGUGGAGAUUGUUUGUACACGAGGUAUGGUGAGAAUGUGAUGGAAGCUAAGAGCAAUCCUAAUUGGAUAUGUCCAGUCUGCCGUGGCAUUUGUAACUGCAGUAAAUGCAGAACCAGAAAAGGAUGGUUCCCUACUGGUCGUAUCUAUAGGAAGGUUAUCAGCCUUGGGUACAAAUCUGUGGCGCAUUAUCUAAUCACAACACAGCGAGGAUCAGCAAACUCAGAGGAUUCAAGCUCAGCUGAUUCCUCGAGUAAGCUGCCUUCGGCCAAAUCAGAAACCUCAUGCAUCUCGGAACAUGAUUCUACAGUUGCCAAGGAGGGUCUGGAUGAUGGAGAAACGAGGAGCAAAGCCAAGACGAACAAAGUAACAUGCUGCGCAGCCAAAAACUAUGAUGGCUACAAGGAUGACUGCAGGAGCGAGUCCGUGGUGACACCUGAUUCUCAGGAUGAUCAGGCCAGCAUGGAUCCUGGGUGUGUCACUCUAUCUGAGCCAACUCCAAGGAAAAGGAAGUAUGUCGAAUGAAACACUGACUGUGUUGCGAGCAGGCUGUGGUCACAGACCAACAAGCCAUGAGCAGUUCAUGGUCUGAGCAUGAGCUUCUAUUGCUUCCCAGUUCCUUUUGCGAUGAAGGAUGCCGGUUCAUGGUGCAUUUUGCGAUCGGCUGUCGAUCUAUAGUGAUAGAUGAUUGUGGUGAUAGAUGUUAGCAUAGUGCCAGCAGGUGAAUGCUUUACUAAUUCUAAGUAGCCUAUCAGCUUAAUGGUCCAUGGCUUCAUUUUGUGGCACGGUGUGUGUAAAUUUUUGUUGCUAUGCUUGUCACUUAGGAGUAUCAGGUGGAAACUAUGACUCUUGAACUGUGUCCGUGCAGGAAAGUUGCGUGCCUAGUGCUCUUAAAUUCUUUGGCUUUCUAGUGUA